UCCUCAUCUUCAUCCUCUACACUACUCUCGCUCUUUCUAUCUAUCUGAUUCUAAUUAUCAUAUCUAUCCAUAUUCUUCAUGUUGCUUCCUUUAACACACAUUCACAUUCACCCUUCCUCACUCCCUUCAAACCCCCUCACUGUCACUGACCAAUCACCCUUCCCCUUCACCUUCUUCCCCUCACACUCACCACUCCCCAAAACCCGUUUCCUCAUUCGGAGCUCCACCUCGGAUACCCAAACCCUCCCAAAUUCCGCUAUCCAACGCAUUGCCCACAAGCUCCGCUCUCUCGGAUUCGCCGAAGACCCCCAAAACCCGAACCCGAAUCCGAGCCCAAAUGCCGGAGAAAUCUUCAUCCCUCUGCCCCAUCAAUUACCCAAACACCGGGUCGGGCACACUCUCGAUGCGAGCUGGUCCACUCCCGAGAACCCGGUUCCGGUUCCGGGCACGGGUUCCGCCAUAACCAAAUACCACCAGCUGAGGCGCGAGGUGAUUAAGCAGAAGGUGAUGCAUAAGAAGGAGAAGAGAGAGGAGAAGAAAGCUCCGACAUUGGCGGAGCUGAGCUUGAGCGAGGCGGAGCUGAGGAGGCUGAGGAGACUUGGGAUUGAGACGAGGAAGAAGCUAAAAGUUGGGAAGGCGGGGAUUACUGAAGGGAUUGUAAACGGUAUUCAUGAGCGGUGGAGGCGCUAUGAGGUCGUGAAAAUCGAGUGCGAGGAUCUGUGUAGGAUGAACAUGAAGAGGACUCAUGAGUUAUUGGAGAGGAAAACUGGAGGUCUGGUUGUUUGGAGGUCUGGAAGUAAGAUUGUCUUGUAUAGGGGGGCCAAUUAUAAGUACCCUUACUUUUUGUCUGAUAAAAUUUUGACAAAUGAAACCAUGACUGAUGAUAUACUGGAUCCACACAUUGAUGAUGGUGAACAAAAUGAAACGGAGAGCUGCUCAUCCAGCAUAAUUGGUGUAAAAGCUGCUGCAACUAGUCCAAGCAAAGAAAUAUCUCAACCAAAAUUAAUCCAAGGUGUUGGUAUGCCAAACAGAGUACGAUUUCAAUUGCCAGGUGAGGCAGAGCUUGCAGAAGAAGCGGAUCGCUUAUUAGAGGGGUUGGGCCCACGAUUUACUGAUUGGUGGGGUUAUGACCCUCUCCCUGUUGAUGCUGAUCUUCUGCCAGCCAUUGUUCCUGGAUACCGGAAGCCUUUCCGCCUUCUUCCCUAUGGUGUGAAGUCUGUAUUAACAAAUGAUGAAAUGACUACAUUAAAAAGACUUGGUCGACCCUUGCCAUGCCAUUUUGCAUUAGGCAGAAAUAGGAAUCUUCAAGGAUUGGCUGCUUCCAUUGUCAAGCUCUGGGAGAAAUGUGAGAUUGCCAAAAUUGCUGUUAAGAGAGGGGUACAGAACACUAAUAGUGAAAUGAUGGCUGAAGAGCUGAAGCGGCUGACUGGAGGAAUAUUACUUUCCCGGGAUUCCGAAUUUUUUGCCCUAUAUCGAGGGAAAGAUUUUCUGCCACCUGCAGUUUCUUCUGCAAUAGAAGUGCGGAGGAAGUAUGGAAUUCAUGGAGAGAAAGAAAGGACAAGAUGUAGUACAUCAGUGACAACUGUACAGGAGCCUAAACUUGAUACUGCAGAGUGUAGUUCUGAAAGUGAACCUGAUGGGGGCAAUAAUGUGGAAAGGGGUCUCCUUUUAGAACAAAGAAAGCUAAGGUCCACUGAGGCAGCUAUCAAAAGAACUAGCAUCAAAUUGUCGAUGGCACUAGAAAAGAAAGCAAGGGCUGAGAAACUCCUAGCAGAGCUUGAGAAAGAAGAGAUCCCCCAACAAUCUGAAAUAGAUAAAGAAGGUAUAACUAAAGAAGAAAGAUAUAUGCUAAGGAAGGUUGCCCUGAGAAUGAAGCCUUUCCUACUAAUGGGUAGGCGAGGGGUUUUUGAUGGAACAGUUGAAAACAUGCAUCUUCACUGGAAGUACAGGGAACUUGUGAAGAUAAUAUCUAAAACCAGAAGCAUUGAAGCUGUUCACGAAGAAGCACGGACAUUAGAGGCAGAAAGUGGUGGAAUAUUAGUGGCGGUUGAGAGAGUGAGCAAGGGUUAUGCAAUCAUUGUGUAUCGUGGGAAGAAUUAUACACGGCCUGCUAGCCUAAGGCCUCAGACGCUCCUAAAUAAAAGAGAAGCAUUGAAACGCUCUAUAGAGGCACAACGCCGCAAGUCUCUGAAACUCCAUGUUUUGAGCCUUACCAAAAACAUAGAUGACUUGAAACUUCAGUUGGAUAAAGACAAGGAGGCAAACAAUGUUCUGCCAGCUGAUGCAUUGAAUUAUAAAUUGGUGAAAGAGGAUAUGAACAAUAUGCAGGCAACUGAAUGCUUGAGAUCACAUGUGGAACAUAAUUCCAGUCCUCUCUCUCACUCGGUAAUUCCUGCUUGCCAUGAAGAGAAUAAUGUAGAGGCUGAGGACAAACAUGGAGCUCAAUUAACUCUCAUGAACUUAAAUGAUGGCACGGAUGCUUCAAUAUACAAUCCACAAGCCACUCAACAAGAUAAAGUGCUUGGCCUCUCAUCAACUUUUAAGGGGGAUGGGACUGGUAAAAUUGAAGCUGGAUUUUCAUCUGAAUUAGUUAGUAAAGAACUCCAUGCAAAAUUGUGCAAGGAUAUGAAUGGUGAAGUUGAAACUGCUGUCUCUACACCUUGCCCUGAUAAUUUUAUGUCAGAAGAAACAGGCUCUUCUGCGGUAGUUCAGCAUUGUGUUUAUGAUAACAAUGCAAUAGAACCAGCUAAGUCGGCAAAAAUUGAUUUGAAACUGGUUCCAAUAGCAGUGGAAAAUGGAUCAGAGAUGCCCCACAAAGCUGUACUUCUUUCCAAUAAAGAGAGGCUUCUUUUACGAAAGCAAGCCCUGAAGAUGAAAACUCGCCCUGUACUGGCAGUAGGGAGAAACAACAUUGUCUCUGGUGUUGCAAAAGCAAUCAUGGUUCAUUUCAAGAAGCAUCCUCUUGCUAUUGUGAAUGUCAAAGGUAGAGCAAAAGGAACGUCAGUCCAGGAGGUGGUUUUUAAGCUGGAGCAAGCAACAGGUGCAGUUCUUGUCUCUCAAGAGCCUAGCAAAGUCAUACUUUACAGGGGUUGGGGGGUGAGAGAUAUACCUGGGCACACCGAAAAGAAGAAUGUCAUUGAUGUUGGGAAAGAGGGUGGAACUCGGCCAACUGUCUCUCCUGAACUCUUGGCAGCAAUCAGAAUGGAGUGUGGGUUGCAGGGUCACGUAAAGGAAGAGACAACUCUAUAACUUGGAAUUGAAGCUUGUAUCCAUGGUAGCCUGCCAUCCGCUGUCCCAUGAUUCUUGUCCAUAUUAUUUAAUUUUGGGAUCAUACCAACUCAUCAUAUAUUCAGUUUUCAGCACAUUUUAACUAGGAGGGACAUGCACAUAUAUACUUUCCAUAUCUCUGAACAGCAGUUACAAUCCUAAGGUAUGUUGGCCUGAUUUCCACUGUAUGCUUCUGUCUGCUUUCCUCUUUUGGUACAGUAAAUCUAGAAACAAGAUGGAGAGGUGACAUCUUCGAAAGCAAGGUCUUUAUUAGUUAUUUGCUGUAUUUGAGUGUGCCCUCCGUAUGUAUACUGGUCUUCUGCUGCAAGGAGGGAAAUACUCUAGUGACAUCUCAGUCGAUAUUGUAAUAUAAGAAAUUCUUCAGCAAUAGCCAAUGACCUCUGGCUUUAAUGGCUCUUUUCUUGCAAAAGCAACAUGAUGAUGGAUUCAAGGCCCAUAGGAUCCGUAUGUAUUUACUAGUUUUAAAUAACAAUAAUAAAUUCUUGGGGCAUACCUAGAAUUGGUUCCAA